AUGGGGAGAGGAAAGAUUGUGAUCCAAAAGAUAGACAGCUCCGCGAGCAGGCAAGUGACCUUCUCAAAGCGAAGAAAUGGGCUGCUCAAGAAGGCCAAGGAGCUCUCUAUUCUGUGCGACGCCGAGGUCGGCGUCAUCGUCUUCUCUUGCACCGGCAAGCUCCACGAAUUCGCCAGCUCUAGCAUGAGGUCCACAGUCGACCGUUACGCUAAAUCCAAACAAGAUCAUCAUGGAGAGAAAAAUCCCGUCGAAGAACUCCGGCUUCGGCAAAGGGAAGUCGCAGAUUUAAAGCAGCAACUACUCGACAUGCAGGAUUACCGCAGGCAUCUGAUGGGCGAAGAACUUUCCACCUUAAGCAUCGGAAACUUGCAGAAUCUGGAGAAGCAAUUGGCAAUGAGCUUGAAGGCUGUCCGAACAAGGAAGUGUCAGGUUUUGAGUGAAGAAAUAGGAGAUCUCAAUGAAAAGGCAUCGAAUGCAAGUGAUUCCAGAGAAGUUACAAGUAGGGAAGUUCCAUUCACUGCUGCUGAUAGAUGCGACUUACGCUUGCGCCAUUAUUCACAUGCAAGUCAUUCACGCUCUGAAGUAAAUGAAGCAGCACAGAUUGCAAUGGAGCCAAGGCAUGAUGAGUAUAACCGUACAUUGUAUAACUUCACACAUGCAGCUCAAACCAAAGUCUAG